CACCUGAAUGUCAGUCAAACUCCCGCGCAUUCCGAUUUCUGUCAAAGUUUUUAGUAGUGUAUAAAUUUGCAAUGUGAUUAUUUUUCUCUAAAAUUUGUUAUUAAAAUUUGUACAGCAACGUUUUGUUUAGCUGUAUAUAUAUUAUAAUAAACUAUUAAACAUGAAAACUCAAAAAUCUUCGGACAAUGAAGACGUAACUCCGACAAAAAAAGUUCUAAAACAAGCUCGUUUACCGUUCAUGAUAAUUAGCGAUGUUUCACCUAAAUCUGUUACUCCUCCAUCCCGAAAGCGAAAGCUUUCUGUUCCUGAACCCGAACCAAUUACUAAAGUUAGUAAAAUCGUCAAUGAUACCGAUUUGGCUAAAGAUUUAGUAGUUAUUAGUGAUGAUGAUAGUAAAGAGGCUCCACAAGUGGAAAAAGUGGAUAUAAAACUGAAUCCUUAUGUAAAAUUAGUAGAUACUGCUUGGAAGAAAAAAGCACAAAAGGCGAAGACUUCAAAAAAGAAAAAGAACGAACAUAAAAACUCUAAACUGGUUUCUAAUAGUUCUACAGAAAAUAAUGAAAAUGCGUGUGAGCUUUUUGAAAACAGCGAUAACAAAGGUGAUAGUGGUGAGGAAAUGAUAGUUGACGGUUCUGAAGAAAAAACUAUCAAAAUGGAUGUAGACGAUGAAAAAGAAAUACAAAAUAAAAAUGAGGUAAAAAGUGAAAACAUUAUGGGCAAAAAACCUCAAGAAGACAGUAUAGAUACAGAUAAAGACUCAAAUUGUUCAGAAGAUACAAAGCAACAGAACCACAAAAAAUCUACUAAGUUAAAAGAUAGUUCUAGUGUAGAUAGCGACAGUUUAAAUAGUUCAUUUACAUCUGCGAAGGAAGAAAAAAUUUCACAAGAUGAUAAAAACAUGACAAAGUUGGAAAAUGAUAUUGAAGUUACUCCAAAAAGAAGUCAAAGAAACAAACAUAAAAGUGAUGAGAAAAUAUCAAAUACUUCUUUAAUAAGCACCUGCGAUGAAUCAUUCAGUUCGAGUCCUUCGACUCCUCGACGUUCUAACAGAGUGUCGCUUACAAACAGUCAAGGAGAUGUAUCUUUAAAUGAUGCAAGUUUGAAAAUAACACCAAAACAACUUCAAAAGAAACUAGAAUCAGCCAAGAAAAGAGAAGAAAGAGAGAAAGAAAGAAUAGAACGUGAAAAAAAGAAACAACUAGAAAAAGAUGAGAGAGCAAGACAGAAACAAGAGAAAGAAGAACAAAGAAAGAAAGAGCGAGAAGAAAAAGAAGAGCAAAAAAGAAAAGAAAAAGAGGAAAAAGAAAAACAAAGAGAAUUAGAAAAGAAAUUGAGAGAAGAAAAGGAAGAACAAAAGCGUAAGGAGAAAGAAGAAAAAGAAGAACAGAAAAAGAAGGAAAAAGAAGCUAAAGAAGAGGAGAAACGGAAAAAACAAGAAGCCCUUGAACAAGAAAAACUAGAACAAGAGCAAAAGAAAAAAAAAGCAGCAGAGGCUUUUGUCAGUUUCUUUGUACCAAAACAGAAAGGAGAAAAGGAACAAAUCACCCUUGGAACUCUUAGUAAUAAUGAUAUUUUAUCAAGUUUCACAGUUAAGUCUGAUAUGCGUAUUGCACCAACCACGAGAAUUACUUUAAAUGAAGAAAAUAAAAAAGUUUUAGAUAAUUUUAUACAAGAGCAAAAUGUUCCAGAAAAUUUAUUAUAUGUAAAAAGUUUGAAAGGAUCUCAUAAACCUCUGAGUAAUGGUAAAACAUGGCCUUUGAGUGAUAAAGAUGAUGAUGAUGUUAUGAUAGUGGAGGAUGAACUCCCACCAGUGGACGGUGGUGAAACAAUAGCUUGCGACAUAGUAAAGCGUGAGAAACUUCGACCUAAGCUGUUUGCAUUUCACGAGAACAGGCGGCCGCCAUAUUGGGGCACGUGGAGAAAGAAAAGCAAAUUUAUUAAUCCUAGAAGACCUUUUGCCACAGACCAGAAGCAUCUAGACUAUGAAGUUGAUAGCGAUGAAGAUUGGGAAGAAGAUCAAGAAGGUGAGAGUAUAGAUGGCAGCGGUGCGGGUAGUGAUGAUGAACAAGACGCAGAUGAAUAUGAAGUUGAUAAUGAGUUGUUCGUGCCACACGGGUACUUGAGUGAUGAGGAAGCCACUAUGGAUGAAGAUGAUGUAUUGUCUCUCUCGCCUGAGACACAAAAAGCUAGGCUGAAGCAUUUGGAAGAUGAAUUUGAAUUUGAAAUGAAGAAGCCAAUGGAAAAACUGAAACCCAGACUUUAUGGCUUAUUAUGGGAAACAGAAGAGGGUGGUAGACCAGAGAAUUGUGCUGAGGCAUUAUGGAAAUACUUCGAAAAAUUCUCAAUGAUAAUGAAUGAUCCAACACCAUUUUUGCAACCUUUAAACGAAACAGAGGACUCAGAUAAGAAAAAAGUAAAAAAGAAGAAGACAAUUGAUGGAGAACAAAAAAGUCCUAAAAACGAGAAAAAGAAAAAGCCCAAAGUGGAUGAUAAAGAGGGCAAAAAACUUAAAGUUGAUAUGAAAAAACAAAAUCAAGACACUAAAAAAAAUCAACCAGGAAUUAAUACAUUUUUAACGAAAAAGAAAACCUAAUGUAUAUCAAAAGAAUUGUAUACUGUCAUACUGUGUUUGUUAUUUCAGUAAAAUAAUUUUGAAUAUUCUAUUUAAGUAUAUGACUUAAUGUAUUGUAAUAGUAAUUGUAAGUUUUUAUAUCAAA